UACGCGAGUAACUGCAGUUCAAAUAAGGUCUUGAAAUUCGGAAUCUGGAGAGAGAGAGAGAGAGAGAGAGAAGAACCAGUGAAUGAGAUGAACCAUAACCACCAAAGCCAGCAAUCGAGCGAAGGCAGGCACGACGAUGACGACGCAUCUCUCUCUGAAUUCCUCGCCUCCCUAAUGGACUACACUCCUACCAUACCCGACGAGCUUGUGGAGCAUUACUUGGCCAAGAGCGGCUUCCAGUGUCCCGACGUUCGAUUAAUUAGGCUGGUAGCUGUUGCCACACAAAAGUUUGUCGCUGAGGUUGCAACUGAUGCUCUACAGCAAUCCAAAGCAAGACAGGCAGCAGUGGUGAAAGACAAAAGGGACAAACAGCAAAAGGAUAAGCGCCCAAUAUUGACUAUGGAAGACCUGUCAAAGGCAUUGCGUGAGUAUGGCGUCAAUGUGAAGCACCAAGAAUAUUUUGCUGACAGCCCUUCAACUGGGAUGGAUCCUGCAUCAAGAGAGGAAUAAUCUGUACUUGGAUUUCUUUGUUCCAUGUAGUGAGAUCUGUGUGGCUAUAACAUUACUGCUAGAUGAUUAGGUUAUGCUCAGUCAGUAUUGAAGAUACUCUUGAUAUGAAAUUCUACAUUUAUGUCAUUAUAUUGCGACUUAAAUACUGCAGACUGCA